AUGAGUCUCACAUCAGACCAACGGAUUUCCUAUGACGAGUUUAUUCAUUACAUCCGCAACAAGGAGGACAUCCACACUCUUUCCGUUUUAUAUCUUUCACCAGAAGUCUCUUCCAUUAUCAACUCAUCGAAACUCUCUUUUUCAAACCCCAACACCGCAAUUAUCAAACUUUCUCCGGCACUCCAGAAGUUAUUUUCACUUCCUCAAGGUGACGUUACUCACCCACUCUUCAAAGAGGUUGACAAUGUAACAGUUUUCCGUGAUGAAGACGACUCGGUACAGUCGGUUUUGGCCGACAGCCCGUCUCCGUCCGUUUUUUCCCAAUUUUUCCCCGCCUUGUAUGCGCUCCCGUUCCCAAAAUGCCCAAUCUCUGUUGUCACCUUGUCGUUGUGGAUUUGCACAAAAAUUGAAAAAAUGCUGACGUCAUUGCACAAAUCUUCAACAAAUAUUCCCCUUCCUCGAACCCUCAGUGAGACUCUUCGUGUUAUGCAAUCACAGAACUAUCUGUCGAGGAACUUACUUUCGUUUUGUACACUCAUCAUCGGGCCUCCAAUUUCUCUCAAUCUCAGAAAUUUGCUCUGGCAUGGGUUUUUAGAGGAAAGUGAUAUUUUUCCGUCCUUUGGCCUUCUUGUUGUUUUAUAUCAGUCGCUUGAAAAAGAGUGCCAAGUCACUCUUGAUUUCAAAAAAUUCUCUCCUCAAAUGGACGAAUUUUUCAACGCAAAUUUUAAAAUCCCUUUUGAUGUAUUGAAAGGAAAUAUUGAGGAAUGCCCAUUACUUGAUACGGUCAGAAAGAGAGAAAUCAUCAAUUCAUUUACUGGCGAGAUUGAAAUUAAUGGAACGAGCGGACAGUUAAGCGGAAUUUUUAGACUUGUUGUCGAGUUGGAAAACUUGCUCCGAGUCGCCUUUAUCGCGGUGAACGAUGUCGAAACGAUGUAUGGACAGGCUAACUACUCAAAGUACUACACAACAAUGGACGUGCUACUACAAGAAUUUGUAGUGAGUAAUUCAGGAGGGCUUAUCGUCAAUAGGCCGUCGACUAUCAACGAAAUAAAGGCGUCGAAGUACAAGAAUUCUGCGAAGUUCAGUGAUAUCGAAACGCAAAAAAUAUUGUCAGAGGAAAAAAUAACCAAAAAGAAAAACGUUCUUAUCGAGGUGCUGAGUGAAAAAAUUGUUGGGAUACUCAAUGAUGUAUUUUUGUACGAAGGAGGAAUCAAACUCAGAGACUGCCUUUCCCAUGGAGAGUAUACAAUUGAGGAACUUCCCAAAAAUGUAGUGGACGUUUUAGGAUUCCUAUAUUUUGUUGUAAUCGAAAAAAUGGAUAACUGGUUUUAUGGGAAGGUCAAAACAUGUGAAAGAUGCGAAGAAGUUGUGAAUAAUGUUUUUGCAAGAGGCGUCAUGUUCCACCCACUUUCAUAUUUUAUUAGAAUGAAAAAUGUGUUUUUGGAAAAAAUCGAAAAAACAAAAACGUAUUUGGAAAAUUUCGGUUUGAAUGACGAGAAGUUUGAAGAUUACAAAUCUUACAAACCAAAAAGACUGCUUUCGCUCAACGUCAAAGUCGAAUGUGACAAUUUGUGUACUGCUCUUGAAAGAAUAGAAAAAAGAAAUGACAUUUUUGGCUCUCCAUUAUUUUUGUCGAAUGUUUGUUUUAACUUAUCUUCACAACACUUACAAUAA